CCUACGCCGUUUGCGCACAGUGCACUUUGGCCUUCCCUUCAAUAAGUAUCGCCGGACUAUCCUCAAUCCUCUCCCUCCCUAUCUAACCCCACGGCGCACGUUAGACAUUGUCUCCUUCAAUUUCCAACUCGCCCAUUCAAAGGCGCGAACCAAUUAAACCGCUCAAGCUCACUCCAUAAACUUGGGGUUUUGCCUCCCUCUCUCGCUCUGUCUGUCUGUCUGUCUGAGAAUUGAACCUGUUAAUGGCUUCAGGGUCGGGCUCACUCAUGUGGUUUCGGAAGGGUCUUAGGAUCCACGACAAUCCGGCGCUCCAGUACGCCGCCGAGGGCACCAAAUUUCUCUACCCUGUGUUCGUGAUCGAUCCGCAUUACAUGGAGCCCGAUAAGAACGCUUUCUCUCUCGGGUCGGCGCGGGCAGGCCUUAACCGGAUUAACUUCCUGCUCGAGAGCCUUGCGGAUCUUGACUCGAGCCUGAAGAAGCUCGGGUCAAGGUUGUUGGUGUUGAAGGGCGAGCCGAGCGAGGUUUUGAUUCGUUGCUUGAAGGAGUGGGAAGUAGAGAAGCUCUGCUUUGAAUAUGACACAGAGCCUUAUUAUCAAGCUUUAGAUUUUAAAGUUAAGAAUUACGCAUCAACUGCUGGAAUUGAGGUUUUCUCUCCUGUGAGUCAUACGCUCUUCAAUCCCACUGAUAUCAUACAAAAGAAUGGGGGAAGGCCACCUUUGAGCUAUCAAUCAUUUGUGAAGCUUGCUGGACAACCCUCAUCCCCACUCUCACAUACACUUUCUUCUCUUCCACUUGUUGGGGAUGUUGGAAGUUGUGUGAUCUCGGAAGUCCCGACAAUCAAAGAACUUGGUUAUGUGGAUAUUGGACAGGAUGAAUGUUCUCCUUUUAGAGGUGGUGAAUCGGAAGCAUUGAAGAGGUUGAAUGAAAUAAAAAUUGACAAGGAGUGGGUUGCAACCUUUGAGAAGCCUAAGGGUAAUCCCUCUGCAUUUCUAAAGCCAGCAACAACUGUUCUAUCACCUUAUUUGAAAUUUGGAUGUCUUUCUUGCAGGUUUUUCUACCAAUGCCUUCAAGAUGUAUAUAAAAAUGUCAAAAGGCAUACAUCACCUCCAGUUUCUCUUCUUGGACAGUUAUUAUGGCGAGACUUUUUCUACACUGUGGCUUUUGGCACUCCUAAUUUUGAUCAGAUGAGGGGUAAUAGAAUAUGCAAGCAGAUACCUUGGAAUGAUGAUGAUGAACUGCUGACGGCUUGGAGGGAUGCUAGGACAGGAUACCCUUGGAUUGAUGCUAUUAUGGUUCAGCUCCGCAAGUGGGGUUGGAUGCAUCAUCUAGCACGGCAUUCUGUAGCAUGUUUUUUGACUCGUGGAGAUCUGUUUGUUCAUUGGGAAAAGGGACGCGAUGUCUUUGAAAGGCUUCUGAUUGAUUCGGAUUGGGCAAUCAACAAUGGAAACUGGCUAUGGCUUUCCUGUUCGUCAUUUUUUUACCAGUAUAACCGUAUCUACUCCCCAAUCUCAUUUGGAAAGAAGUAUGACCCAAAUGGUGAUUAUAUCAGGCAUUUUCUUCCCAUAUUGAAAGAUAUGCCAAGGGAAUACAUAUAUGAGCCAUGGACAGCUCCUCUAAGUAUUCAGACUAAAGCUAAGUGCAUAAUUGGAAGAGAUUAUCCAAAGCCAGUGGUUCUUCAUGAUACUGCAAGCAAAGAGUGCAGGAGGAAGAUGGCUGAAGCAUAUGCAUUGAACAAAGACUUGAAUGGCAUGGUGAGUGAAGAAGAUAUUAGAAACUUAAGAAGAAAAUUGAAGGAAGAUCCAGAACAGGAAGCUAAAAAUAAAAGGAUAAGAUAAAAGUUAGUUAGCCGAGAGCAAAAUCGUCGCUGUUUUCUUUGGCUG